UUAAAUUAUAAUACAAAAUGACAACCAAGAUUGAUUAUAGCAAAGCUACAGAUGGGACCAAAGUAAUUUCUGAUGACCCAUGGUUAGAACCAUAUGCCGAUACUUUAAAAAGAAGAUUUAGCCAUGUACAAAAUACAAUAAAGAGAUUUGAUGAAAAUGAAGGUGGUUUAUUAAAUUUUUCAAAAGGUUAUGAAUAUUUUGGAUUUAAUGUUACAGCAGAAGGUGUUCAAUAUAGAGAAUGGCUACCAUCAGCCCACGAAGUCUAUUUAGUUGGUGAUUUUAAUCAAUGGAGUAAAACUAGUCAUAAAUUAAAUAGAGAUGAAUAUGGUAGAUGGAGUAUUUUUAUUCCAAAUGACCAAAAUGGUAAUUGUCCAAUCCCACAUAAAUCUAAAAUUAAAAUUUAUUUAAAGUUAGCAAAUGGUAAUUGGGAUUAUAGAAUCCCAGCAUGGAUUAAAAGAGUAGAACAAACUAAAGAGAAUCCAGUAUUUGAUGGUGUAUUUUGGAAUCCACCAGUUAAAUAUCAAUUCAAACAUAAAGCACCAUUACCACCAACUGAUUUAAGAAUUUAUGAAGCACAUGUUGGUAUGUCUAGUGAAUUACCAGAGAUUUCAACUUAUACAAAGUUUAAAGAUACAGUAUUGCCAAUGGUCAAGGAGCUCGGUUAUAAUGCUAUUCAAUUAAUGGCAAUUAUGGAACAUGCUUAUUAUGCUUCGUUUGGUUAUCAAGUCACCAAUUUCUUUGCCAUUAGUAGUCGUUUCGGUACACCAGAGGAAUUAAUGGAAAUGAUAGAUACAGCUCACGAAAUGGGUAUUUUAGUAUUGUUAGAUGUUGUUCACAGCCAUGCUUCAAAGAAUGUAUUGGACGGUCUUAAUCAAUUGGAUGGUUCAGAUCAUCAUUAUUUCCAUGGUGGUGGUCGUGGUAAUCAUGAUGUUUGGGACAGUAGACUUUUCAAUUAUGGCUCAUGGGAAGUAAUGAGAUUCCUUUUAUCAAAUCUUCGUUUCUAUGUUGAUGUAUAUGGUUUUGAUGGCUUUAGAUUCGACGGUGUAACUUCAAUGAUUUAUUAUCAUCACGGUUUAGCUCCAGCAUGUUCUUAUGGCGACUACUUUGGUCCAAAUGUAGACGAAGAUGGUUUAUCAUAUCUUACUAUGGCCAACGAAAUGCUUCAUCGAUUAAAUCCAAAUAUUAUUACUAUUGCAGAGGAAGUUACCGGUUUAGCUUGUCUUUGUCGUCCAGUAAGUGAAGGUGGCGGUGGUUUUGACUAUCGUUUAGGUAUGGGUAUUCCAGAUAAAUGGAUAGAGCUUGUUAAAGACCAAAGAGACGAAGAUUGGAAUAUGGGAUCAAUUGCUCAUAUGCUUUCAAAUCGUAGAUAUAAAGAAAAGAAUAUUGCAUAUGCCGAGUCACACGAUCAAUCAUUAGUAGGUGAUAAAACUCUAGCUUUUUGGUUAAUGGACAAAGAAAUGUAUUUCCAUAUGUCAACUCUUCAACCAGAAACUCCAAUUAUUGACCGUGGUAUGGCCCUCCAUAAAAUGAUCCGUAUUAUUACUUCAUCACUUGGCGGUGAUGGUUAUUUAAACUUCAUGGGUAAUGAAUUUGGACAUCCAGAAUGGGUCGAUUUCCCACGUGAAGGUAAUAAUAAUUCGCUUCAUCAUGCUCGUCGUAGAUGGGAUCUCUACAAGGAUAAAUUACUUAGAUACAAUCAAUUACGUCAAUUUGAUAUCGCUAUGAAUCGUUUAGAGGAAGAGUGGCAUUGGUUAAGCUCUGGACAAGCUUUUAUUAGUUGCAAACAUGAAGAUGACAAGGUUAUUGUAUUCGAACGUGCUGGUCUCAUCUUUAUUUUUAAUUUCCAUCCAAACAAGAGUUUUUCAGAUUAUAGAAUUGGUUCUGGUGUUGAAGGUAAAUUUGUUAAUGCUUUAGAUUCCGAUCGUGAAGAAUUUGGUGGCCAUUGUAGAAUUGGUAAGGAUAAUUAUCACUUUACAGAAAAUUUCGCUUGGAACGAUAGACCAUAUUCUCUCAAAAUUUAUAUUCCAUCAAGAACUUGUUUAGUUUUAAAAAAAGUUUUAGAUAAAUAAAGUAAAUAAAUAAAUAAUCACAAAUUAAAUUAAAUUAAAUUAAAUUAAAUUAAAUUAAAUAAAAUAGAUAUGUUAAAUAU